GGCGGAGCUUCCUCCGCCUGAAGCUUCGCGAGCUUGCGCACGGCGCUGCGUCGAGCGCGCGUCUCCUCCGGUUUGGCACGCUAAAGCGAGUAUUGGCUCGGAAAAGACGCAAAGCGAGAAAAGCGCGCCACGGAAGGGGACGAGAGAGCUUUUUCAAAGCUCGGCCCGUAUAAAAAGACGCGCACCAGCUCCAGGCGUCGUUUAUUCGAGGCGAGGCGUGCGCCAAAACGGUUGUACGCAUAUACACACAGAGAUACAUAGACACACAAGUGUCUAGGAGGAAAUUUCACAAGUCGGAAGUUGUUGAGAAACUGUUGCCGAGGCUUUUGGCAUUUUAGUACUUUCGUACGAUUGUUGGUUGAUCCUCGGUAAAGUCAGUGUUUGUGUCGUUGCAACUUCAAGAGGAAACAUGUCGUCUCUCAUGCUUGAAUCGCUGGGUGACAAAGUGGCCAUGUUCGAUCAACAUGCCAAUAAGCACAUCAGCAGCCAGAACAAAAACCCGUUCACCUCGGGGCUGAACCUGCCGAAGCCCACCUUCUCGAAGGAGGAGUAUGGACGACCGGCUGCUGGCUCGCUUUCGGACAUCCGGGGUCGCAAGGCUUCCGCCCACAUCCUCAAGGAGAUCCUCGAGCUCUGCGACGUGAUCUAUCAGAAUGGCACACCUUGCCGCGAUCAGCCGGAAAUCCUCGGCAUCAGCUUCGGCGACCUCUUCAACAUCUACGUGCACAUCAAUGACAAGCUCGUUGGGCUGCUGUUACGAGCGCGCAAGCAGAAGCUCAUUGACUUCGAGGGCGAGUGCCUCUUCCAGAGGAGGGACGAUCACGUACCGAUUUUCCUCGUCAAGCCCAUCGACGAGAUCAGACGAGACUUCCGCCAGAGGCUUGACGAGAUGGCCAAGGAGAUGCCCAAGUCCGCGAGCUAAUUGACCACCACGAGGAUCUUGUUAUCAUAUAACACAAUUUAUCGUUAAUGCGAGGUAGCGAGGCAGCUUUUUUCGUUUUCUGAAAAAAUCGCGCUCGCACGUAUACUUAAUGCGUAUACCAAAGGAAAAAGGCGUUAUUUGCGCGUCUCUUUUUUUUCUAAAUAUCAAAAACGGAUCGAUUGUUGUGCGCAAGUUAUUGAACGUGUAUAUCGAUUGUUGUUGAGUAAAUUCGUUGAAACGGCCCGGCGAUUUCGGAUUUCGAUGAAUUUGUACCUGGAUGUCUAAGCGCGCACGGUUUAAACAAUAUCGCCGCGAGAUGUAGAGAAUACUUGCAAUUUUUGCUUGCAAAUUCCUUUGUACAUAUAGAGCAGUGAAUGGUGAGAGGUUGAGAGUGAAGUUUGCUAAAUGUGAUACUGUUCGUAGCUAUUAAGAAUAAAGACGUUUAUAUAAAAGUCAA